CGCAGGUCCUGUAAGGACAGGGUGAGCACACGUCUCCUGUACUGCUCUGUAGAUGAAGAAUUUUGGUCCCUGAUAGGCCGGAGAGCAGCCAACGAUCGAUGAUUCUAUACACAACAUAGCGUUAGCCUCUGCAGCCACUUCUCAGGAUCUCUGGUGUGAAGAAGGAAACAGAAUAAGAUAGAAUUCUCCUGGAUGACCGAUUAACCAUGGAGAGAGACAGGAACAAGAUGGCCGACAGGAUCAUAACCCUUACCCUACAGAUACUCUUCCGGCUUACUGGAGAGGAUUACACAGUAGUGAAGAAGUCCUCUAGUGGGCGCUGUCGGGCCCCUGUGUGUGAAGGAUGGGGAAGAACCCUGAGCCCAAUCCCGGGGGCCCCACCUCACUCCCUGAUACAUGAGGAAAUGGAUGAACAGAAAAUUCUAGAACUCAUCAACAAGAUGAUGGAGCUGCUGACUGGAGAGGGAGAAGGUCCAAACGAUAUUAAUGCUCCAAACAUAAAGGAAGAAGAAGAGACAGAUGUGAGCAGUAAUGAGCAGUAUAAGAAAGACAUUCCUACAGGAAAAGAUCUGAUCUGUAUUAAUGCUAUAGACAUAAAGGAAGAAGAAGAAGAGACAGAUGUGAGCAUUGCUGAGCAGUAUAAGGAGGACAUUCCUUCAGUUAAUUGCCCAGAUUCUUCCACCAGGAGAUCAGAGGAGAAUCUUAUAUCUUCAUAUUAUAAAGCAGAUGAUGAUAUCACACAAGAUACAUAUGAAGAACAUUCCAUUAUCCCAGAUACACCCUCAGCCCUUCACAGCCAAGAUCUCUCAUCUCAUCCUGUUAUACAAGUCCAACCUAAAGAUUCAUCACAGACUGUUAUACAGGGCUUAUCUUUUGAUCCAUUACAGUUUGUAAAGCGAAAUAAGAAGAAGCCAUUUUCAUGUUCAGAAUGUGGGAAAAGUUUUUCUUAUGAAUCACAAUUUGUUAAUCAUCAAAGAACUCACACAGGGGAGAAGCCAUUUUCAUGCACCGAAUGUAGAAAAUGUUUUAUUCAGAAAGUUAACCUUAUCGAACAUCAAAAAACUCACACAGGGGAGCAGCCAUUUUCAUGCUCAGAAUGUGGAAAAUAUUUUAAUUAUGAAUCACAACUUGUUAAACAUCAAAGAAGUCACACAGGGGAGAAGCCAUUUCCAUGUUUAGAAUGUGGGAAAUGUUUUUCUCUGAAAUCAAAUCUUGUUAAACAUGAAAAAACUCACACAGGAGAGAAGCCGUUUUCAUGUUCAGAAUGUGGAAAAUGGUUUACUUAUGAAUCACAACUUGUGAAACAUCAAAUAACUUGCACAGGGGAGAAGCCAUUUUCAUGCUCAGAAUGUGAAAAAUGGUUUAUUUAUGAAUCACAACUUGUUAGACAUCAAAGAACUCACACAGGGGAGAAGCCAUUUUCAUGCACCGAAUGUAGAAAAUGUUUUACUCAGAAAGCAAACCUUUUUGAACAUCAAAAAACUCACACAGGAGAGCAGCCAUUUUCGUGCACAGAAUGUGGAAAAUGUUUUACUUAUGAAUCACAACUUGUUAAUCAUCAUAGAACUCACACAGGGGAGAAGCCAUUUUCAUGCACCGAAUGUAGAAAAUGUUUUACUCAGAAAUCAAACCUUUUUGAACAUCAAAAAACUCACACAGGGGAGAAGCCAUUUUCAUGCUCAGAAUGUGGGAAAUGUUUUACUGUAAAAACAUCUCUUGUUAAACAUCAAAUAAUUCACUCAGGAGAGAAGCCAUUUUCAUGUUCAGAAUGUAGAAAAUGUUUUACUCAGAGGUCAACACUUAUCAGACAUAAAAGAAUUCACACAGGAGAGAAGCCAAUUCAGAGUAAUAAAUGAUGCGGAUAACACCUCUAUAUAUUAACCAUGUACAUAGGAUAUCUGACAUUAAUACAUAUAUCAUAUACUGCAUCUCCAAACUUGUUCCCAAUUGUUAAUAAAAGUUUUCUUUUAGAACGUA